AUGGCGCACGCCGCCUUCAGCCUCAAUGCGCUGAGCUUUUUCCUCGCAUUCCUCAUCGUCGACACCUUGACCUUUCCCGAUAGACCCAAGAGCGCAAAGGCUUCCUCCCUAGCGUCAUCGGCGCCAUCUCGAAGAAGUUCCUUUUCCUUUCUGAGCACGAGGCCCAAAUUCUUUCAGCCUAGACGAUCGGCUUCCGAGGAGGGCAGAUAUCUGGCCGUUCCCACAAAGUCUAUGUCCACAGGUCGAGAAAAGUCCUCUUCACAUCGUCGAUCCAGCUCGGCAUCAUCCACACUUCGCUCGUCUUCCAUCCUGGCGAGCGCUGCUCCGAGCCUAUCAUCGUGGGCCUCUUCGCUCGGUAUCACGCAGGCGUACAAGACACGCACCUCGUCGGAAGCGGAGAUCAAAGAGUUGGCCAAGCUUAGAGAAGAGCAGGAGCGCAAUAACAAGGGCACGCUGAAACACUACCAGAAGAAAAUCUUUGAGAUGCAGGUGAGAAAUCAAAUCGAAUGGAAUCUGUACGGCAUGUCAGAGUACGAACUGCCUUGACUGACAAGAGCGCUCUCGUCACGCUACGCAAACAGGUCGCAAAGGCUCUCUCCCUGCAGCCUUUCAUCAAAUUCAUCCUGGUGCUCCUGCUUGUGGGCUUGAUAGCAACCAUGCUGCUUUUCGCCUUUACUGGGGCCGACUUGCGUUCAUGGAUAGCAGAGACUCUGAUCGCCGAUCCAGCGCGCAUCACCGUCUCCAACCUGCGUUCAUGCUUUUCUCAACUCGCUUCCAAAGCGGGCUUUCUGCAACAGCACCAUGAGCGCACGAAUCCCACAACGGCCACUUCAUCCUCGGCGCACACGUUGGGCUCUUUUCAUCUCCAACCCUUCUCUUCAUGGAACGUCGGAAGGUUGACAGCACGGCUCUUGCCUCGAGCUUCUGCGCCCAAACCUUCCGGACUCGCGGCUCCCGUGGCAGCUGCAGUCGACGCAGUCAGGCCUGGUACCAAAGUCGUUCUCAAAGCUUGGUCCAUGGUCAAAGAUUCUCUCUCAAUAUGA